AUGGGUGCUGUGCCGAGCCGUGAGACGCUGCGACGUGGACUAUAUGUUGUGCGCCAACCCACUAGUGGAAGCCACGGCAGCAGCAAAAAACAAGAUAUUGUGUUGAUCCCCCUCACCAAGGAGUUCUUUCCAUCGCCUGACUGCGCAUUGUUCGUGCAGUUUCACAGGGCUCGCUGUGACGCCGGGGUAAACUACUACUUUCGCCGCCCCGGAAACCCCGGCGACCUCAGCAGGAUUCCAGCAACCGACAGCAGCGACGAUGACGUAUCGUACCCGUCGCGAGAGGUGCUGUACCGCGGCGUCGUCGAGCGUGUGGAGGAAAUGCUCUUCGACACCGAUGAGGAGAUGCGGCAGGCCCAUGAGCGUGCACUGGGAGGGGCUGCUGCUGCAGCGACGGGCGACGCGAAGAAGCGAGUGCUCCCCAUUCUAUGCGCUGUCGCCUUCCGUUACGACCCCAACAAACUUUCACAGCAGCUAGGCGGCGGGAACAACAACCUUCAGCCACACUUACAGGCUGUGCUGGAGCAGGGCGUCUUCCUCUGCGGGUCCAUUGUGAAUAUUGUCGGCUGCUUCGGGUUUGUGCCUAUGGAGGUGGAGGGCGUGCAGGUGGCAUCUGUAUCUGCCGCGAGCCAGGGGAAUGCCAGUGGAGGGAGCCACACGUACCACUCCGCCAAAUCACCAGGGCACCCCUCUCUGCGUGACGGGUCGGUACUCGCCAGCCACCGAAGUUCGCUGCUCUCUCCUCCCUUAAUGUCGCCUCCGCAACCGCCACAGGAGCGCCACAAGGACCCCUCCGCCGCUGUCUCCGGGCCUUACCAACGUCUGGCUGCGCAACGCACACCAACGUGCGCCUCGUCUUACGCAUCCACACCGUCGUACGACCCGCACCAGCAGCACCGCUCACGUGUCACUUCUGCAAGACCGCCAACGGCAGUAAUCCAACUUCAAGGCAUCGCGGGAGAGAACUAUCGGCAUUUCGCCUCGCUGCCGCCCCCUGUGGCGGCUCCGCUGGCGGCUAUUGUUUUUCUCACAAAGUCGGCUGGAGAGCAGAACCUCAGUCGUGUGACCUUCAUGGCUGCGAGCACGUACUAUAACCAGCUUAUUGAGGCUGGUGUGCUGCAGUCUCCUGCACCACAGGGGGCGCAUCCGUCUCGCUAUCCGAAAAAUAACAUGCCUCCGUUGGAUACCUUUAGCUUCUCAUCACUUAUGACAAACGUUCCUAUCCUCUCCUUUGUGUAUGAGAUGCGCUGCCGUUGGCAGCACCUGGGGCUUUUGUCUGACCCGGGAAGCGGAGGGCACUCGCGGUCGAAUUCGUUAAGCAGCUCUACUAUCCUUGCUUCCUCUGCUGUUCCUCCAUACCUGGCACGUGAGGACAUGGAAAUGUGGAUCACCGAUGACAAUAUGUUCCAUGGCCGCAUCGGAAAGGAACUUGCGGAGCGACUGUGUUACUCGCUCGCGGAGAAGCCUGAAGUUAUUUCGAGGCGUGUAGAGCCUCUGCCUGGUGAUGACACAUUUUGGCGUUUCCGUGGCCUCGUGGACCGAAACUGCCCACCGCCACUCCCCCGCAGCGAGGGCGGCGACACGGACAUUGAUGAGCUCGAUGUGUACGUAAUGGGCGCCGCAGUGAUGGACGGUUUUGACGAGGGAGAUGUGCUGCGCUUCGACACAGAGCAUCACCUCUGGGUUGCAGACCGCACCAUUCCGCUCGACGCUGUGGUGCUGGCGGCGGUGCGGCCGCACUCCAGGGCGGCACGCGAGGCCCCGCCCGAUGACCCUGGCUGGGUGAUGCGGCCGGAAGACACCGAAGAUGAGGAAGAAGCAGAGGAAGAAGUUGAAACGGAAUUAGAGGAGAUGGAGGAAACGAAAGCAAACGGGGUAGUGGAGGCCGGAUCCGAGACGGCAUGCGAAGACAGGGCGGAGGGGGCGACGGAAAAGAAGAAACGACAAGUUCAUGUUCGGAAGGGGAACUUUUACAUUUACCGCUUUGAACUGAAUGGCAGGACGUACUACCACGGCACCGUCCCAGACUUCGCAAAUCCUAACAAGAAGAAUGUACAGCAGGCCCUUCUUGCAUCAGAGAAGCUGGCAACAGGCGUCGGGGCUGCGAAGGGCACACCGCUUUUGUCUCCCAACAGCGCCUCCUUUAAGGAGGAGAUACAACAGCAAAACGGGAGCCGAGGAGGCGCUGCGAGGGAUGCCAAACUCCCCUCCAUCACGUCGGCGCUCUUUUCACUCAUGCCUGACGGCGCAGCUGAUGAAGGAGAGGCGGAAGGUGUUGCAUACUUGCCCACACGUGUCAAGUCUGUGGCGAUCGACGCGGCGAGACGGUGGAUGGGGACAUUGUUUCAGUACGCAAUGGGUGGCCACCAGGUGGCGGGGAGUACCGCGUCGAUUCCACGCUCGUCGGGUGUCUCAACUCCUGUGUCGCGGCGGCAGGCGACCUUUGUGGAGGUUGGGCCAGGCGCCAUGCAGAACGCACUGUCGCAGGAAGGCGUUGAAGAAGGAAAGGGAUUCGUCAAGCGCUUCGUUCAUGACACGAAAUACGUUUGGGAUUGGCGAAGAUCGUGA